AUAUAUAUAUCAGUGUAUCACAAGUGUUUCAAGUCAGAUUUAGAAGAGUUUGUACUCAGAGAUGGAUAGAGCGUGGGUAAUAGUGUGGAUCGUUGGAGUUUUUGCCAAUUACUUCACUUACGGAGAAGAUAAGCAUCAAUUCGCUGAGCCACCAGAAAUCUAUUCACUCCACAUCAUCUCUGACAUCAAGUUCCGGUUCGCCACCACUCUCAUCACUAGCCGAAUAGCGAAUCCAAACAAUGUGUCUGCUGAUGUGGCAUUUGACGUUACUCUACCAAACACGGCGUUUAUUUCCAAUUUCACUCUGGAAAUUGAAGGGAAAGUCUACCCUGCAACAGUGAAGGAAAAAGCGGAGGCAAAGAAAGAAUACGACAGGGCCAAACAGAGAGGGAAAACGGCUGGACACGUCAGCAAACGUGUCAGAGAAACAAACAAGUUUCGAGUCGAAGUGAACGUUGCUGCAAGAACCAAAGUGACGUUCAAUUUGACGUAUGAAGAAGUCCUCAAGAGACGCUUGGGAGUUUAUCAGCAUGUGAUAUUCGUUGAUCCUGGACAGCUUGUUGAAGAUUUGAAAAUUGACGUGGCUCUUCAGGAGUCGCGUGACAUUAUUUCUCUAAGAGUACCACCAAUCAAGAACGAGCUUCUAACAGACGUCGAUAUAACAGCCUCCAAUGAUCUGGCACACGUGCAAAGGCCAGACUCGAAGUCUGCCUAUAUACGAUUCCACCCUUCCCUGGACGAGCAGCUGGUCCGGUGGGCUGAGGGUAUAUCCGGGCUCUUCACCUUGGAAUAUGACUUGAAUCGUGGAUAUGAUGCCGGGGAUGUCUUAAUAAGCAAUGGGUACUUCGUUCAUUUCUUCGCUCCGAAUGUAUCUGAACCUAUCCCAAGAGAUGUCUUGUUUAUCCUGGACACCAGCACAUCAAUGUACAACACAAAAAUGGAUCAGAUGAAGGAGGCAAUGAAGAAUAUUCUUGAUGACCUUCAAGAAGGUGACACGUUUAACAUCCAGGAGUUCAACUCCAGAGCUAAGAUGUGGAAGGAUACUCUUCAACCCGUAAACAGAAAAACUAUCAGACAGGCACUGCAGUAUAUACAGAAGCUACGUGCUACAGGAUGGACAAACAUAAACCAAGCCUUAACGCAAGGUCUUGAUUUUCUAAACAACAAUGCCAGACAUCCCGACAGCGGUUUGUUAAUUUUUCUAACGGACGGCAAGGCGACGAAGGGCGAACAGGACAAUGGCAGGAUUCUUCAGAACGUGAUGACGAAGAACAAGAUGGAAACCCCAAUCUACAGCUUGGCGUUUGGUAGAGGUGCUGACUGGGAGUUUGUUAAGAAGGUUGGCAUCCAGAACAAUGGUCUUGGAAAAAGAAUAUAUGAGGACUCGGAUGCAGAUCUUCAAAUUAGAGAUUUCUACAAGGAGAUAUCCACAACUCUUCUAGAAGGAAUCAACUUCCUCUAUCCCGAAGAUCUCGUGGAUACUGAUUCGCUGACAAAGUCUUCUUUCAAGAAUUUCUUCGAAGGGUCAGAAAUGAUAAUUGCAGGAAAGCUGGAUGACAUAACCUUGCAGAGUCUGACUAUGAACGUGAUAGCCAAUGCAGUGGAAGGUCCAGUGGAUCUUCAGUUACAUUCUGAUGUCCCCGACUUACAAAGCCAGUUUCGGGAUAUGACAGGGUUGACAGACCCGCAAAACCUGGCGAAGAUCACAGAAAGAAUGUGGGCCUACUUAACCAUCAAGGAGAUUCUGGAGAAACAAGUCGGCGAAAAAGACCGUGUACAAAAAGAACUUCUGAAGCAGAAAGCUAUAGAGUUGUCAUUAAAGUAUCAGUUCGUGACACCAGUUACGUCAAUGAUUGUUACCAAACCCGAAGAAGACGAAGUCGGAGAUUUGGAUGACGACUCCAGUACAUUGUCAGAUUCGGGUUCUUAUAGCGGCCUACCUCGCACAAGCAGUAGCAGCAGCAGCAGCAGCAGAAGCAGCAGCAGCAGCAGCAGUGGCAGCAGCAGCAGCAGCAGUGGCAGUCCCGGUCUUGGCUGGGGUGGGAGAGGCGCCAGUCGUGGGGGAGGAGGCGGUGAUCCACACUUCAUGGUUAAAAUGGAAGGUCUAACUUACCCUAUCUGCUUUGAUGUGAGAGGGCACGAUGGCGAGAUUUACCAGCUCGUACGAGACCCAAUAACAGAUCUCACAAUCAACACCAAAUUAAAAAAAGGUAAAAAACAUACACAUGACGGUGGUUAUCGUGUCUACAUGCAGACGAUAGCAGUCAGGUUGCAAGACACACUGCUAUUGGCUACAACUGACAAGAUCACCUUGAACAAGGAGACUCUUGAUUGGCAGCACAGUGCAGCCGUCAGAAUUCCAGGGGCGUGGCUUAUCGUAAAUCAAACUACACUGUCAUUUCGGCUGGUGUUUGAUUUUGGAUUAGAAGUGGAUGUAACAAAGCACGUGCAUCCAAGCAAAUAUACUCUGGGAGAAGAUUUUCUAAACAUAGAGGUAGAAAAUGAAGGGAAACUAUCGCAAGAUACAGAUGGCAUACUUGGUCAGUUUGUUCACAAGAUAAUCCACCUGAGAAGUGUAAACUACAGAAAUGACGGCAAAGAAGACAGAAUAAUGGGACAUCUGAAAUCCAGACCAAAAUCUGGGAAGGACGUGAGACGUGGUCGUGCAUGGCUCGUACAACGUCGCGACUACGCCUCAAAACAGAUCUCCACUUGUUGGAUGUUGAGGUAUCCAGCAUCAAAAUUAUUCGACCACCGGCAUGAGUUCUACUUGAUUGAUGACAUACUGCACCACUGAAAAGAAGGCAAUAACCCAAUGAAGGACGUCAAAGAGAUGCACGACGAACUGAUCAAUAACAUGCAUAAGCAUUUAAUCAACACAAAUGUGUGUGAGCGUGACGAGAAGUCUUUAAAGAAAGCCUUUGUUUUCAUAAUGAAGUAGAACAUUUUAUGGCUAAUAUUUAAUUGUUCAAGGGCAUGAAAGAUGAACAAGAAAAGCAAAUUGCUUCCACCCGUCGUCAAACAGCUGGCGUGCACUAGUUUUAGAGUCUGGCACAUAGUUGUAUACAGAGAAGAAUAUGUUUAAAGUUACAUUCUCUGGUUACCAUAUUAUAACAUCAUGUACAAAUAUGAAAUACAAGCUCAAAUGCACUUUUUAAAAACUCGUGUGUGUUCGCUAUGAACGGAGAUCGUCAAACGUAUACGC